GGACGCAACAAGAAGGGCCGCGGCCACGUCAAGCCCAUCCGCUGCAGCAACUGCUCGCGAUGCACGCCCAAGGAUAAGGCGAUCAAGCGCUUCACCAUCCGCAACAUGGUCGAGUCUGCUGCCAUCCUAUCAGGUGAUAUCUCUGACGCCUCCGUCUUCGCGGAGUACACCGUACCCAAGAUGUACCUGAAGCUGCAGUACUGUGUCUCUUGCGCCAUUCACGGCAAGAUUGUCCGGUACGCGCUACAGAAGAACCUUGGCGCUACUCGAAGCUCCCAUAUCCCCCGUGCCCUGCACCUCGGCGACGCAGUCCCUCCCCGUCUGCGGGAGGUUGAUUACCGACCUGACGGUUGCUCUCGGGCCUUUGUCCGUUCCGUCGUGGGCCGCCGCAACCGUGCUCCCCCUCCCCGCGUCCGCUACAACAAGGAUGGCAAGAAGAUCGUCCCCAACACCCCCAAGGCCUAA